UUCCUUAAAAAAUGAUUAACACCUUGAUCACAUUUCUCCUCCCCACAAGCGAGCUCAGCUCACUCUCUGCUCGUAAAACUCCCUCCGCUAUAAAAUAAUAACCUCCUCGCUCCCUCAUCGGAUCCAAUCACCAACCCCCUACCCAAAAAAAUGGCAGCAGGUAGCGAUUCCCCCUCAUCCUUCCUCUCCGACAAAUCGGCCAAGAUCUUCGUCGCGGGCCACCGGGGCCUCGUCGGAUCCGCCAUCUACCGCCGCCUCAAAACCCUAGGCUUCACCGACCUCCUCGUCGCCUCCCACUCGGUGCUCGACCUCACCCGCCAGUCCGACGUCGAGUCCUUCUUUCUCCUCGUCAGAUUGACGAACGCUUCAUUUGGUUUGUAUUCUGUGCGAGUGACCGAUUUCAUCGCCGUCAACCUCCAGAUCCAGACCAACGUCAUCGACGCCGCGUUCAGAUCUGGAUCCGUCUCCAAGCUGCUGUUCCUCGGAUCCUCUUGCAUCUACCCGAAGCACGCCCCUCAGCCGAUACCGGAAUCUGCGCUCUUGACGGGCCCGCUUGAGCCCACCAACGAGUGGUACGCCGUCGCCAAGAUCGCAGGGAUAAAGAUGUGCCAGGCUUAUCGGAUCCAACAUGGUUUUGAUGCAAUAUCUGCCAUGCCGACUAACCUCUACGGUGAAAAUGAUAACUUCCACCCUGAAAAUUCCCAUGUGCUGCCUGCUUUGAUUCGAAGAUUUCAUGAGGCUAAGAGCAACAACUCGAAGGAGGUGGUUGUUUGGGGGACUGGUUCGCCGUUGAGGGAGUUUCUUCAUGUUGAUGAUUUGGCUGAUGGGUUGGUGUUCUUGAUGGAUAAGUAUUCGGGAGUCGAGCAUGUGAAUGUGGGGAGUGGGAAGGAGGUGACUAUUAAGGAGCUUGCAGAGAUGGUGAAGGAAGUGGUUGGGUUUGAAGGGGAGUUGAUUUGGGACUCGUCGAAGCCUGAUGGGACACCGAGGAAGCUCAUGGAUAGCUCGAAGCUGGCUGAGAUGGGGUGGAGUGCAAAGAUCGGGUUGAGAGAGGGGUUGGAGGAGACUUACAAGUGGUACUUGGAGAAUGUCGUCAAGCAGCAGUGAGGCUUACUUACAAGUGAGUGAUUCUUGGUGCCCAUUUAAAAAAAAAAAAUUCUUAAUUUAGUUAUGUGAUUGUUGUUUUGUAUUGUUAUAUUUGCGGGAUUGUAAUUUUAGUUGAUUGGAUGGAUACUCAUGUUACUUGAUGAAUAAUAAGUUUAAGCUUUUAGUUUUAGUUGAUGAUAUAUCAAUUCAACUAAGAUAUUGUUAUAAGGUGCAACCUUAAUAAAUUCAGUGUUUCCUUUACAUGCAA